AUGGCUUUUAAAACCGAAACUAGAAGAUAUGUAAAUCUAGACCUUGAAAAUGGUGGAUUACCUUAUGGUGUUUCCAAUUCUAGAGCUAUAUCAAACACGAGGAAAUUUCUCUUUCAAAAAAGAAAUUACCUUGUGAGCUCUUGGGACAUUUACGCGUGUGAAGGCUCUGGUGGUUUUACUACGCAAAAGUUAGACAGCGUACAGGAAUUGAACAACGAGGUUGACAUCGAGAUCAAUGUCAUUAGAGUUCCAUACAAUCCAGAGUGUGCCAUUGUAGCUCAAGGGUUUGGUGGGACAGAUUCGGUCCAAAUUGUGGCAAAGUCAAGAACACUCACCAAUGAAAUGAUACAUGACAUGGAGGCAAACGGCUUUAUUGUUUCAAUUGUGAGAUCUCCUAAACCAACUAAGAAUAAGAACAUAAAAAAACCCCUGAUCAAGACUACACACACGGACAUGAAAAUUUUGCAACUCAUGUCGAAAUGGUGCAGGGCGCAAGAAUAUCUAGUCCCGAUUGUUAUGAUCUCAAACGACACGAAACUUACUCCGGCAGUGGAAGGCGUGGUCAACCUUGGGUAUCAAAUCUCUCUUGUUCACGCAGCUCAUGCUUCGGAUGAACUCGUGACUGCCGCGACAAAGACAUUUGAUAUCACUCCCACUCCGGCAGUGGAAGGCGUGGUCAGUCUUGGAUAUCAAAUAUGUCUUGUUCACGUAGCUCAUGCUCCGGUUGAACUCGGGAAUGCCGCGACAAAAACAUCUGGUUAUGAGGCUUUAGUUCGUAAUGCUCAACUUUAG